AAGCAUCAAGCAUCAAGCAUCAGAAUCGGCGGCAUUACGGGCUAUGCUUGAAGCCUCGAGACGCCAUUGGAUGCCAUGUUUUCUCACCCAUUCGUUCCAACCCUAUCUACCGGGCGACCACAACGUUCCUCGAUAACCGCCCCAUACUUUGAACGGUAGCUAUCAGAUCCGUCGAUCCGACGGUUCCUAGUCACUUAUCACCCCUAGUCUCUUCACCCGCUCGGUCGACGCCGGCCUGUUCCGUUUCCCACCUUCACCUCUCUCUCUCUCUCUCUCUCUCUCUCUCUUCGUCGCCCCGAGGAAGCAGGAAUCGCCGCUCGCUCUUAGACCCUAUUAAUAAUGGCACGAUCGGAGUCCCCGGAUGACGGGGGGAGCUCCACCAUCCCCAAACAAUCCUAGAGUCCAGAAACCCUAGAUCCCACCCUACCCUCUUAUUCCUCGCGAUGGGAAGCGGAGGCUGUGCCAUGAACGUUCUCGGAAGCCGCAGCUCCAUGACGGGGUGGCUCCUCGGCGGCUUGCUCCUCGCCCUUUCCCUCCUCUCGGUCCGCCUCGGCCGGCUCCCGCCGCCGUUCUCCUGGAUCCGGCGGAGGAGGAAGAAGCCCGUCCGGGUUUACAUGGACGGGUGCUUCGACAUGAUGCACUAUGGCCACUGCAAUGCCCUGCGCCAGGCCCGGGCGCUCGGCGAUCAGCUUGUGGUCGGGGUUGUCAGCGACGACGAGAUCACGGCUAACAAAGGGCCCCCCGUCACUCCUCUGCACGAGAGGAUGAUAAUGGUAGGUGCAGUGAAGUGGGUUGACGAGGUCAUUCCAAAUGCUCCUUAUGCUAUCACUGAAGAAUUUAUGAAUAAGCUCUUCACUGAAUACAACAUAGAUUUUAUCAUCCAUGGGGAUGACCCUUGUCUACUACCAGAUGGUACUGAUGCAUAUGCCUUGGCCAAAAAGGCUGGUCGCUAUAAGCAAAUCAAGAGAACUGAAGGAGUGUCAAGCACUGACAUUGUUGGUCGCAUGCUUCUUUGUGUAAGAGAGAGAUCACUUGGUGGUAGUCAUAACCAUUCUUCUUUGCAAAGGCAGUUUAGCCACGGGCACAACCAGAAGGUUGACGAUGUGGGGUCAGGCUCUGGAACUCGGGUAUCUCAUUUCUUGCCUACGUCUCGGCGAAUAGUGCAAUUUUCAAAUGGCAAGGGUCCAGGUCCUGAUGCUCACAUAGUUUACAUAGAUGGUGCAUUUGAUUUGUUUCAUGCGGGACAUGUUGAGAUACUACGCCUUGCUCGAGAACUUGGUGAUUUUCUACUUGUGGGAAUUCAUACAGAUCAGACAAUCAGUGCUACUCGCGGUGCCCAUCGUCCAAUCAUGAAUCUCCAUGAGAGAAGCUUGAGUGUUUUGGCCUGCCGUUACGUAGAUGAAGUGAUUAUUGGUGCCCCUUGGGAAGUUUCAAAAGAUAUGAUUACAACCUUUAAUAUCUCUUUGGUUGUUCAUGGGACGAUAGCUGAAAAUAUGGAUUUCCUAAAGAAGGAGUCAAAUCCAUAUGCUGUUCCCAUGGCUAUGGGAAUUUAUAAGAAAUUGGAAAGUCCUUUAGACAUUACAACUAGUACAAUCAUUAAGAGGAUUGUUUCAAACCAUGAAGCAUAUCAGAAACGAAACGAGAAGAAGGAAGCCAGCGAAAGGAGAUAUUACGAGAACAAAAGUUUUGUAUCUGGAGAUUGAGCCGCACAAAGCCGACUAGGAACUAUUCGUUUGGGAAUCCUCAGAUUUCCAACUUGGUAGAGAGGGCUGGUUGAGUAUCAAUCCCACAUUCGUCAGUUUUGAGUUUUAAUUGCCCACAUUUUCCAGAAAGUUACGCAGUUAGAUGUAGCUGCAAUGGGUAAUGUAGUAUAUUAUGUUAUACUUGUUUUAACUUAAAUUAUAUAUAUAUAUAUAUA